UGACGUCGCUCGCCGUCCUCCUCACUAUAUCGUCCGCAGUUGGCGGCAGUCAUAUGUUGCACGCACAUUGCCGGCAGACUGAAACAGUGCUGAAAUCAUGGCCAGUUUCUGCGAAAUUUAUACCGAUGAUCGUGAAAAUUAAAAAUAAUUAUAAAUUCAAAAAGUGCGGGAAAAUGAUUCCUUUUUGGUAAUGAAAUGAAUGUGCGGUUAUUUUAAACUAAACUAACUUUUUUUGAAAAUGACUUCCAUAGCAAGGGUCUUCUGCGAGUUUAUAAAACAGCGCUUUUUCUUGAUAUCAUGGAUCUCAUUAGUAAUUUAUCUUUUUUACAACACAUUUAUAUUUUAUUUCGAACGACGACAGUUUUACUUUUUGAGAAAUAUUUUAGGGUUAGGUCUCUGCGUUUCCCGCGGAACCGCCUCGGUUUUGAACCUGUGUUGCGCGUUGGUGCUGCUCCCUCUAUGCAAGAAGCUCAACCAGAUUCUAUACCGCGUUCUAUCUGAUGUCUGGCCAGGACUAUUCUUCUAUUGGCUGGAGAAGGCCAAGAGUUUUCACAUGACUGUUGCUAUCACCCUUUUAGUGUUUGCUGUUGUACAUUCCAUAUCACAUUUUGUUAAUCUCUGGAACUUUUCAAGAGGCUUCGACGAAAUUAGAAAGGAAAUUAAUUUAGCACGAUAUAAAAAUGAGAGUCCUUUCUCCCUCCUGCUGAGUCAAGCUGGCGUGACAGGAGUCUCCAUGCUUAUAAUAAUUACUUGCAUGGGAUUGACCUCCAUGCGUGCAGUGCGUCGGAGGAUUUACAAUGCUUUCUGGUACACGCACCAACUUUAUGUGGUCUUCUUGGCUCUGCUGAUCGUGCAUCCAUUGAGUGGGGUACUCAAAGAAGAAGUAUUAUAUGACGACGAAGUUAGUCUAAAUCCUAGUCAACCUGGAAGUCUUUGGGUCAAUAACUCUUCCACGCAUAAAUUUACUUCAAUCAAAUCCAUGACGUGGGCGUGGAUGGCAUUCCCGCUUUCCUGCUUUUUUGUUGAUCUCAUUUGGCGCAUUUUCUCCAGAAACCGCGCUAAAGUUGCUAUCGUAGAAGUGAGUCAUAUGCCAGGUCGGACUAUGGCGCUAACUGUGCGUUGUCCUCACGACCAGUUCCGCUGCCGCAUGGGGCAGUAUGUUCUGCUGCAGUGUCAGGAUCUCUCACUACUGGAGUGGCAUCCUUUCACUGUUGUUCGACUACCAACAUCUAGUCAGAGAGAUUUUGUUAUUUGGAUACGAGUGAAGGGAGAUUGGACCGAGUCUUUGGAGAAUUUGCUACUUAAACGAGGAUCAAAUGGAAUCAACAUAUUAGUGGACGGUCCAUUCUCAAGUCCAAUGGAGCACACAAGUCGGACGGGAGUGUGCCUGUGUGUCGCCGCCGGAGUGGGCAUCACACCUUUCGUCUGUUUGCUGCACCAUAUCUACAUGAACCCAAGGAGUAAAUUACCUGGCAGAGUUCAUUUGAUAUGGAUAGUGAGAUACGAAGAAGAGAUUACGUGGCUGGCAGAGUUGGCAAAUAAAACAAUAAUGCAACUUAGGAAUGCUAACAGACCAGACAGGCUGCAUUUAGAGCUUUACGUUACUAGUAAUACAAAUAAUAAUAAACUAAAAGCCGUAGACAAUAAAGAUCAAAAUGAUCUCGAACACUUGGUACUUGUAAACGAAAAAGGACAACUAAGCAAUGUGAUACAUAAAAAAGAUACAAAUCCUGAUGAUGAAAAAGCAACACUACUAACGCCAAACGUAAAGAGGCAUGUAUUUAAUGAUACGGAUAAUGUAAAUAUUAAGAUACAAGAUAAUGAUUAUGAUUUAGCCAAAGAAUAUCCUAUAUUGGGAUGCAGAGUCAGAAGAGGCAGACCACAUUGGGACACAAUUUUUGGAUAUUGGGUACAUUUAUAUCCAAAACAACAUUUGAACAUCUACUGCUGUGGCACAAAGAAAUUAGUGAAAACUCUGAGAAGAAAAUGCGUAAACAUUAAUAGAACUACAAAAAAUAGAUUCACAUUCAUUCACGAGGGAUUUUCGUAAUCGGAAUACUCAGUUGUAUUUUGUGGGUUGUGAGACCAUCUGAAAAGUAAUUAGGUAUAUUUAUUGGAAAUAAUACAAAAAUAAAUGUAGAACAAAUAAAAUGUUUUGUAUAUAUGUA